AUGCCGGCGGGCAUGACGAAGCAUGGCUCCCGCUCCACCAGCUCGCUGCCGCCCGAGCCCAUGGAGAUCGUGCGCAGCAAGGCGUGCUCGAGGCGUGUCCGCCUCAACGUCGGGGGUCUGGCACACGAGGUGCUCUGGCGCACCCUGGACCGCCUGCCCCGCACGCGGCUGGGCAAGCUACGCGACUGCAACACGCACGACUCGCUGCUCGAGGUGUGCGACGACUACAGCCUCGACGACAACGAGUACUUCUUUGACCGCCAUCCAGGCGCCUUCACCUCCAUCCUCAACUUCUACCGCACUGGGCGGCUGCACAUGAUGGAGGAGAUGUGCGCGUUGAGCUUCAGCCAAGAACUUGACUACUGGGGCAUCGACGAAAUCUACCUGGAGUCCUGCUGCCAGGCCCGCUACCACCAGAAGAAGGAGCAGAUGAACGAGGAGCUCAAGCGGGAGGCCGAGACCCUGCGGGAGCGGGAGGGGGAGGAGUUCGAUAACACGUGCUGCGCAGAGAAGAGGAAAAAGCUCUGGGACCUCCUGGAGAAGCCCAAUUCUUCCGUAGCUGCCAAGAUCCUUGCCAUAAUUUCCAUCAUGUUCAUCGUCCUCUCCACCAUUGCCCUGUCACUUAACACGCUGCCUGAGCUGCAGAGCCUCGACGAGUUCGGCCAGACCACAGACAACCCCCAGCUGGCCCACGUGGAGGCCGUGUGCAUUGCGUGGUUCACCAUGGAGUACCUGCUGCGGUUCCUCUCCUCCCCUAAGAAAUGGAAGUUCUUCAAGGGCCCGCUCAAUGCCAUUGACUUGUUGGCCAUCUUGCCGUACUAUGUCACCAUCUUCCUCACCGAAUCCAACAAGAGUGUGCUGCAGUUCCAGAACGUCCGCCGCGUGGUCCAGAUCUUCCGCAUCAUGCGUAUCCUCCGUAUCCUUAAGCUCGCACGCCACUCCACGGGGCUCCAGUCCUUGGGCUUCACCCUGCGGAGGAGCUACAAUGAGCUGGGCUUACUCAUCCUCUUCCUCGCCAUGGGCAUCAUGAUUUUCUCCAGCCUUGUCUUCUUUGCUGAGAAGGAUGAGGAUGACACCAAGUUCAAAAGCAUCCCAGCCUCCUUCUGGUGGGCCACCAUCACCAUGACGACCGUUGGGUAUGGAGACAUCUACCCCAAGACUCUCCUGGGGAAGAUUGUUGGGGGGCUCUGCUGCAUUGCAGGGGUCCUGGUGAUUGCUCUUCCCAUCCCCAUCAUUGUCAAUAACUUCUCUGAGUUCUAUAAGGAGCAGAAGAGGCAGGAGAAAGCGAUCAAGCGGAGAGAGGCUCUGGAGAGAGCCAAGAGGAAUGGCAGCAUCGUCUCCAUGAACAUGAAAGAUGCUUUUGCCCGGAGCAUCGAGAUGAUGGACAUUGUGGUUGAGAAAAAUGGAGACAAUAUGGGUAAGAAAGACAAAGUGCAAGAUAAUCACUUGUCUCCCAACAAAUGGAAAUGGACAAAGAGGACACUGUCUGAAACUAGCUCAAGUAAGUCUUUUGAAACCAAGGAGCAGGGAUCCCCUGAGAAGGCCAGAUCAUCUUCUAGUCCUCAGCACCUGAACGUCCAGCAGUUGGAAGACAUGUACAAUAAGAUGGCCAAGACCCAAUCUCAACCCAUCCUCAAUACGAAGGAGUCAACAACGCAGAGCAAACCAAAGGAAGAACUUGAAAUGGAGAGUAUCCCCAGCCCUGUAGCCCCUCUGCCCACACGUACAGAAGGGGUCAUCGACAUGCGAAGCAUGUCGAGCAUUGAUAGCUUCAUUAGCUGUGCCACAGACUUCCCGGAAGCCACCAGAUUCUCCCACAGCCCUCUGGCCUCACUUCCCAGCAAGACUGGGGGCAAUAUGGCCCCAGAGGUGGGCUGGCGGGGAGCUCUGGCUGCCAGUGGUGGUAGAUUUGUGGAGGCCAACCCCACCCCUGAUGCCAGCCAUCGCUCUACCUUCUUCAUUGAGAGCCCCAAGAGUUCUCUGAAGACGAACAACCCCCUGAAGCUCCGAGCACUUAAAGUCAACUUCAUGGAGGGGGACCCCAGUCCACUAGUCCCCGUUCUGGGGAUGUACCAUGACCCUCUUAGGAACCGGGGGGGCGCUGCCGCUGCUGUCGCCGGACUGGAAUGUGCCACACUCUUGGACAGGCCUGUACUGAGUCCGGAGUCCUCCGUCUACACCACAGCAAGUGCUAGGACGCCCCCCCGAUCACCUGAGAAACACACAGCAAUAGCAUUCAACUUUGAAGCAGGUGUCCACCAGUACAUCGAUGCGGACACAGAUGACGAGGGGCAGGUGCUCUACAGUGUAGAUUCCAGCCCUCCCAAGAGCGUCCAGGCGAGCACCAGUCCCAAGUUCAGUGUCGGGACAAGAUCAGAGAAGAACCACUUCGAAAGCUCCCCCUUACCCACCUCCCCUAAGUUCUUAAGGCAGAACUGCAUUUACUCAACAGAAGCAUUGACUGGAAAAGGCCCCAGUGGCCAGGAAAAGUGCAAACUCGAGAACCACAUCUCCCCCGACGUCCGCGUGUUGCCGGGAGGAGGAGCCCACGCGAGCACACGGGAUCAGAGCAUCUGAGCUGCCUCCCCGCAACAGAGACUCGUGGCGAGACCCGAGAGGCGUGCCGUCCAGCUUCCCUGCCGCAGAGCCUUUCCGCACGAACUCAGAAAGGCUCUGCAGAGCCUCCAGACAGAAGCAAAACUCUAGGGGAGGCUCCCUAGGUCCUAGAGAGCCACGACAGGUACGACAGAAUGCAGUCGGCCAAGCCACAGGAUGUGGCAUCUCUUUGUACCAAGUUCACUGCCCUCUUUGGGAGAUGACGUGGGCAGAACUCACAGCCACCACUACCACAUGCUGGACCUAACGAAGGCCACCUACUCCUCACUUGUCUGUCAUGGCGUCCAUCACAGCCUCGGGGGGAGGGGGGCGCGCAGCCUCUCCAGCCCUCCCGGCUUCAGCUGGAGAAGGACGCCGGAACAAGCAGCUGGGCUGACCAAUUUGGUUUUGGAUGUUCCCUGGCCACCUCUAGGAACUCCUGUCCAUCACCUCCUGGAUGGAUCCCGCUGUUAAGAAGGCUACAGAGGAUACUCGUGUCAUGGGGAAAUUUCCACACCAUCAGCCACGAUCCCAGCGCGAAACCCUUACUCAAAUGUCUUCAUUGACUUCAGUGUUCCAUAGUACCUGAGAUUUUAUUCUGAGAUUUCGUCAGG